AUGGACGUCCCGGCAGUACUUCAGCCUGAGGACAGGGAGGACGCGAUCGGGCGAGUGUUGGCUGCAAGGUACCCUUCUGGCGCGCUGUUGGGAGACAACUCUGUCAACCGACCAUCUCCCCUGGAUGCGUUGCAAAGGUACCGCAGUCUGGCCAACCAGAUUCACCCAGAACGAUGUGUAGACCCACGCGCUGAACAAGCCUUCGUCCGUGCAUCCAAAGCAUUUGAUGCGCUGUGCGAGAUGGAUUCCCGCUCUGACAACACCCCGACCCUAGACACGUGGGAGGCUUGUGCAGCACAACAAGGAAACAUGGCCCUGGCUGCCUGCAGUGGAAGAUGGUGGGGCGUAAGCAGCGUGGCAGAUUUGGACCGCUGCUUGGAGUUUCGAGCUGCAGCCAUGGAUGUUCUGUUCAAGCAGACGGCCCGAGCCGAUGACACUGACAUCCAGCAUCUUGACAAGCUGGUUGCUGAUACCGAAAAGAUUUGUGAGCACCUGGAUCGGCAAAAGGGGAUUCAGCGCCACCGCCUUUGGCCUGGCAAAGGCCGCGUGCAACACCAGCAGGCCCGGACGGCAGCCUUGCGCUACCUGGACUUGCUAUGCCACCUACGCAGUGUACACUGCUUUUGCCAAUUGCGUCAUCAGCACUUCCAUCACUCGCUGGAGUUGCUUGCUGCAUCGCCUCUGGCUGAUAUGCAGGGCUUGCUUGCAGAAGCCCUAGCACCAAAAACUUGCUGUGCGCCGCCAAUAACACCUGACGGCAAGUGCAAGGCGGACGAGGGCGAUGUAGAUCCACUCGACGAGUACAUGGCACAAAUUGAUACUGCCGCCAAGGAGGCAAUCAGGAUUGCAGGUUCGAAAUCCAACCGCGGCGAGGACAGCGCAGUAGAAGGUACGGCAAGCCACAAGACUCACAAGACCAAGCAGCAAGAGGUGCCAGAGCUGCAAGAGCGGCAUGAGGCUGUUGAUAUGCCUCAUCGGACAGCAGAAGCAGCUGCAGCCGAAGAGCGCGUGGUGAAAUCUGCGAAAAUGGCAGCCGCCGAGAAGGCUGCAGCUCAACGAUGUCUUCAGAACCAGCUCUUGGGCGACCUGCUUUCGGAUGAAGGGGCCUCAAAGGGAUCUUCAGGGGCCGUGCUUCGCCUCUGCAGAGUGGAUUCAGAGUGGACCACAGCAGCAUAA